AUGCCGCCACAAAUCAAGCAGGACUUGAAUAGGUCGGGCUGGGAAACGACAGAUCUGCCCUCAGUGUGCGAGCGAUGCCUAAGCGAUAACCCAUACGUGCAGAUGUUGAAGGAGGACUACGGCGCAGAAUGUAAGCUGUGCACAAGACCAUUCACGGUCUUCAAAUGGAAAGCCGACAGAACAUCCCGCCAGAAGAAGACCAACAUCUGCUUAACAUGCGCGCGACUCAAAAAUUGCUGCCAGCACUGCAUGUUGGAUUUGUCAUUCGGCCUACCGAUUACCAUUCGAGAUGCUGCGCUCAAAAUGGUCGCGCCUGGCCCACAGUCAGAGAUCAACCGAGAAUAUUUUGCCCAAAAUAACGAGCGCGAGAUCGAGGAAGGCAGAGGAUUGGAGGGGUAUGAGAAGACUGAUGAGAAAGCGAGAGAACUUUUACGGAGAUUGGCACAAAGUGAGCCAUAUUACAAGAAGCAGAGGCGGCUGGAGUUGGAAGAAGCAGAGGGGUCUGGUUCGGGACAGAAAUUGUUGGAAGGCGGAGAUGGUGCACACACACCAGGGCCAAUACGGACGACAGAUUCGAGAGGAAAGUCAUCAUACGGUUCAUCCUAUGGACCACCGAGAGGCGGCUCAUCAGCAAGCAGAGGCGGACGAGGAGGAGCCAGGGGUGGAAAGGGCUUUCCCUCAUCUGCUACACUUCCACCUAAGCCAGAGGAUAUUCGACCACCGGCUGACAAGAACAUCACCUCCCUGUUCGUCACUGGUGUUGAGGACGAUUUACCCGAACAUGCGAUUCGAGAACAUUUUACGCAAUUUGGUGCCUUGCGCAGCUUAGUCUGCUCGCAUCGGUCUCAUUGCGCCUUCGUCAACUACAUGGAGAGGGCAGGCGCUGAGAAGGCCGCAGAGUCAUGUCAAGGAAGAGCGCUUGUCAAAGGAGUGCCAUUGAGAGUGCAGUGGGGAAAGCCGAAGCCUCUUGACAACAUGGACCGAGAGCAGCGCAUGGAGAACGCGCGGGCCGGCAGAGCGACUCAAGCGGCGACGAAAGCGGUUGGAGGGCCAGCGCAGAGAAGGCAGAUUGAGGGUGGCGCGGCGAGCGCAUCAGCCAACGACGAUCUGGAUAGCUUGGCAGCUGUCGCUCCUCCGCCUGGCCAGGGUGAUGUUGAGUACGCUGCGAUGGCAGGGGAGUGA